GUGAGAGUAAAGCAAGAGAGUGAGCGAGUGAGUGAGUGCGUGAGCGCGCCCGCCCGCGUCUGCUCUGCUGUUGCUGCCCUUUGAUCCCUGCAUUAGUGUUAGUUAGUUGGGGGCUCCGAGGAGACACAGGCAGGCAAAGCAAAGCAAGGCAAGCAAGCGGCGGUGGUGGUGGUGCCUCCUCCUCCGCCUGCCCGGGCUCCCCUCUUUCCCCCUCCUUGCCCGACGGUUCACUUGAAGACAGCCAGCCAGCCAGGUGCACGACCGCAGCCAGAGAGUCCACCCCCCCGUUGCCGUCAAGCUCCCGGGCUCCCCGGCGGUCUCCUCAAAUGGGGAGCAAGCCUCUUCCCUUCGUCGCCCCGCAGCAGGACGAGGAGAAUGUGAUUUAAAAAACAACGGAGGGGGAAAAUGCCAAGGAGGAAGCAGGAGCAACCCAAGCGCCUGCCUUCACAUUUGGACAGCAAUGACGAAGGAGGGCCUGACUGUAGUGCCGUGGAGGAGGAAGGCUGGUUUGGGAACGCUUCCGACACACGCUCAGAGUCUUCAUCCUACGGCGAUACCCAGGACGAGCUCUUCCUGCAGAGAGGUUCGUCCCCCGACGGAGUCAACCAUGAUGACUGUGGAGGCGAGAGUUCAGCAGGCUGCCCCACACCCGUCCACCGUGCCUCCUUGGAGCUUCUGGGACUGGGUGGGGGCGCCUUCUCCCCCCAGGACACGGUCUCAUCUGUGGUGUCGUCGCUGUACGGCGAGGCGGCGUCUCGUGCUCUGGGGAAACCCCUAAGCAGCAACCUACGGCGCCUCCUGGAGGCCGGGUCGCUGAAACUGGACACGGGGGACCUCCUGGGUCGGUCAUCCAGGGGUGGUGCAGGGGGCGACUCACCUCCAGUAGGUCUAGCUUCACCCUUGCCCUUGUCUCCAUCUUCCCACCAUGCUCAGCAGUUAAGUGCUCUUGCUCGGAAGCUGGCCAAUAACAACAACAACAGCGGCUCGGCCUCACCAGCCUCGUUGGCGCCCUCAGUCACCAACAUUAAACAAGAGCCCCUUGAUCACUUUAACUCUGUCACCCCAAGCAACGGCAGUGGCUUUGUAUGGGCAGGUGUUGCAGAUAAGUGGCCGCCAACAGGCUGCUCCACGCCCUGCGGGUCCAGCCUGUCCCCCGACUCAGCCAUCCAGAAGUUAAAAGCGGCGGCAAACGCGGUACUUCAAGACAAGAACGGCGUGUCCUCCUCCACCACCACAACAUCCUCCACCUCCGCCUCGUCUGCAGUGCCAGCCCUUGGAGGAGCAGCGGGCGGAGGCGGUCGAGGAGACGACACAGUGCGCUUUGAUGCCUUCAACUCUCCGUUCAGCCCUCAGUCGGCGAGCUCCACAUUAGCCGCGCUUUCCAAGAAAGUCAGCGAGCGGAGCCAGGCCUCGUCCACGUCCGCUGCACCCACCGACCACCAGAACUCUGCAAGCUCAUUUCUCUCACUCGUGUCGAUGACCUCCUCCGCUGCCUUGCUCAAAGAGGUGGCAGCCAGGGCGGCAGGAAACAUGCUGGCUGAGAAGAAGGAGGGGUCUCCGCUGGCGGCUGCUGGAGUCCUCCAAGAGGACGUAAAGCCCCUGCUGGACAAGAAUCAGAAGGCCACCACGCCGUCAACACCCACCCAGGGCCUGGAGUUGUUGUUGCCCUCCACGCCGAAAGGAAGAGGCAAGCCCAACAGUCAAGCAGGCUCUCCGGAGGACGUUGGCAAACCAUUCCAGUGUCCCGUAUGCGGCCUGGUCAUCAAGCGCAAGAGCUACUGGAAGAGACACAUGGUCAUCCACACGGGCUUGAAAAGCCACCAGUGUCCCUUAUGUCCCUUCCGCUGUGCUCGCAAAGACAAUCUCAAGUCCCACAUGAAGGUACAUCAGCACCAAGACCGGGGCGAGACGUUUCAGUGCGAACUCUGCCCCUUCACCUCUUCCCGCCACUUCAGCCUGAAGCUUCACAUGCGCUGCCACCAGCACUUUCCCCGCACUGACGUCAAGGUGAAAGAGGAGCUCACUACCGACACGGAGGGUGAGGGCUCCCUGAUGGGUGACACCAGUUCCAUGGAAAUGAGGGGGACUCAGGUGUCCCCGCUACAUGCGGACCUUCGGCAGCAGUCGUCUCCAUCGUGCGAGGCCUCGUCCAAUCACGUCCACAUAAAGGAGGAACCGCUGGAGAGAGACCUGUCUGUGCUCUCCCCCUUUAGCAUCUGCAGGGAGCGUCCCGGCAGCAGCGCCAACUCAUUGGACCUGCCUGGCGUAGGCGGUGGGGUCCAGUCUAGCCCGAGUGGUCCAACCACAGCCUCCCUCUUCAGCCCGGACAUCACUACCAAGACAGCCACUGACCUGCUUAUGAAGCUAUCGGCGGCCAACCAGAGAGAGGCACUGAAGUCUCCAUUCCACUUAAAGGAAGAGCCCAAAGCGGAGGAAGCCUUGAGUCCCAGACCGGCCUCCCAGUGUCACAUCCAGCCCAGCUUCCCUGGGACAUUCUGCCAGGACGGGCUACCUGGUGUCCCGGCGGCAUCUGAGCGCCCGCGCUCGCUCAAACCCGGUGAAGGAAGUCCCUCGGCUAAGAACAGCUUGCUGAGCCAGGAUAUCAAUGUGAAAGUGGCCUCUGAGUUGCUGAUGAAGCUUUCAGAGAACAACAAAGAUGCCCACUUCCAGAAGGUGAAGGUAAAAGCAGAGCCCAUGGAGGUGGACCCGGCCCCCGCAGAGCUCACUCCGCCUGCUUCUCACCUGCUGGCCUUCAGCACUUUAGGGGCGAGUGAGAAGACCGAGCCCAUGCUAGAGCCUCUAGCUCGCCCCCAGAAAGACCUCUUCUCCCAGGACAUCUCGGUCAAAAUGGCCUCCGAACUCCUCUUCAAAUUGUCAGAAAAAGUGAGCAAAGCCAACAACCAUAAAGAUGGUAACAUGGUGGGAAUUAGCAGUCCGUUCUUGGAUGAGUGCUUUAGACAAUCACCCUUCAACUCGCGUUCCAAAAGCUCUUCCCCCGCAGAGGCCAGCUCCUCCACUAGGGCAGCUUUCCACGACUCUGAAAAGGAUGAUGGCGAACCAGGAAACGGCAUUGCCCAGUGGCGACUAAAUGAGCAGCUCUACCCGUGUCCCGUCUGUGGAAAAGUGUUUGGUAGACAACAGACACUUUCUCGACACCUGUCCCUGCACACAGAAGAGAGGAAGUACAAGUGUCACUUGUGUCCUUACGCCGCCAAGUGCAGGGCCAACCUCAAUCAGCACCUGACCAUCCACUCUGUCAAGCUGGUCAACACCGACACCGAGCAGAUCGUCAGCGCCGUCGCGGCUGCUGACGCCGCAGAGCGCAAAAACUGCGCCUACUACUACAGCUGCCACGUGUGUGGCUUCCAGACGGAGCUCAACGCCCAGUUUGUGGGCCACAUGUCGCUCCAUGUGGACAAGGAGCAGUGGAUGUUCUCUCUGUGCUGCAGUGUAUGCGACUACGUGUGCAUGGAGGAGGGCGACAUGAAGAACCACAUAAGCACCGGACACGCAGGCUUGAACUCGAGGAGUCCCCUGAGCGAGACCAAGAGCACUUCCUCAUCCCUCUCGGCUCUCAGCGAUUCGCUAAACAGCUCCGAGGGCGGAGACCUCAUCAUGCACGGCAGCGAAGAACUCAAAAGCCUGCUCGCUCCGCCCUCCUCGGCCGGCAGCCAGUCCAGCUCCGGAAGCCACUCGGGCUCGGGGACGGAGGACAAGUCCGAUAAAGGAUUCGAGUGCGUCUUCUGCACGUUUGUGUGCAAGACACGCAGCAUGUACGAACGCCACCUGCAGAUCCACCUCAUCACGCGCAUGUUCGAGUGCGACGUGUGUCACAAGUUCCUCAAGACGCCCGAGCAGCUGCUGGAGCACAAGAAGUGCCACACCGUCCCCUCCGGAGGGCUCAAGUGCCCUUUCUGCAUCUAUUCCACCAAUCGUCCGGCGGCCAUGGAGUGCCACCUGAAGACGCACCUCAAGAUGGAGCACCGCUGCCGCAUCUGUCAGGGACUGUGGCCCGACCGCCCCUCGCUGGAGGCCCACAUGCGCGCCCACCGCCUGGGCAACCACUACAAGUGCGAGCAGUGCGGCUACCUGUCCAAGACGGCCAACAAGCUCAUCGAGCACGUGCGCGUGCACACGGGCGAGCGGCCCUUCCACUGCGACCUGUGCUCAUACAGCUGCAAGCGCAAGGACAACCUCAACCUGCACAAGAGGCUGAAGCACGCGCCGCGGCAGACUUUCACCUGCCGGGAGUGCGCCUUCACCACCACGCACCCUUUUGUCUUCAGCCGCCACCUCAAGAAGCAUCAGGGCGGGGGCGCCAAAGAGGGGGAGGGAGACGACGGGACGGCCGAGGAGGGGAGGUCACCGGGGGGCCCGUCCGCUCGGAGGAGCCUCCUGGGGAGCGCCGGCCUCACCGCGUCCCAGGCGCUGCGCUCCGUCGCCCUGUCACGCUCGCUGGGCGGCGGCCCUCGCUCAUCUAACGGGUGCCCCCGUGGCUCGUCCCCUUCGGGCGCCAUCAUCGAUCAGUACAGAAACUGCGAGCGGGCGCGCCUGAUCCCCCUCACCACCCUGUUCACCCACAGCAACCGCCGCACAUUCCAUUCCUCCCGCCGCCUCCCCCUCUCUGCCUCCCCCUCCCACAAACACUCCUUCCUGGCCUACCUGGGACUGAUGGAGCGGGCCAAGACUGACUGACCCCGCCCCCCCAAGACUUGUCCAAUCAGACCAGCACAGCAAGCUGCUGGACCACACAAACACGAAGAUAUCAAGAAACAUUUCUAAGAGAAAACGCUGUACAUGCUAAGAACUCGAAUGCAUUUAUAUGAAAAAGCUGCUUUUCUUAUAAGCUGUAUCCACUGCUAAGCUCCUCCCCUUUGACAACGUCUGAACGAGCAGUUGCAAGGAAUCUCUUGUUUUAUAGCUCUUUUUCUUUUCUUGCAAGUGCUCUCCUUGUCUGUUGCUACGACGCGUUGAGAUAGCAUGCCUGUUUCUGUGUUUCAGCUCGCGUUUUCACGUCACUCGGUCAUGAAACGGACAAAAAAGGCUCCUUUCCGAAAGCAACGCCUCAAACCACGCACUUAUUUAUCAGAUCUUGUACAUACGUUUUGUAACCCCGCCUAUCUUUUUUUGUUUGGUAUGAUGGUCAAACCAUGUUAUUAUGCAUAGCUGCUGCCUGACAUCACCUCUGUCUCGGAAUGUUUUGGGGUUCUUUUUUCGAAAGCUACGAAAAUCAAAUGUAAAUACGGGAUGAAUUUGACAAACCACGUUUCGAGAUUGAAUAUCGUUUGCACUCGCGCAACCCGACGAGUCGCUUUAGAUCGGCUCCGUACGAAUCAUGUGGCGUAGAACCUGGACGAGAUCUACCACCAUGCUAAUGGGUUAGCGAAGGCGGACGACUCCGAGGCAGGGCGGGGGUUAAGCGGUUGCCACAGGGCCGAUUUAAUGGUGCUUUUUGGAGCUUUUUGUAAUUUUUGUGUACAAAAAAAACCUAAACAAUGAGAAGAAAAAAAUGUUCCAAACAAAAAGACUUGAAUGAAUGUAUUUUUGUUGAUGUAAAAAAAAAAAAACGUACAAAAAGUGUGAACAGAGACAUCUUGUGUGCUGGGAAAGGCGAUGGGAACGUUAGCAAGUCUGGUGGCCUUUUUUUGUUUCGUUUUGUUUGUUUUUUACUGAGCCUUUGAUGUCAUGCAUUUUGUUUUAACUAACAUGAAUAGAAACAAUUCCCUGCAGGUGCAAUGAUGAAGCAAAGCCAUCUUGCUUGUACGGCAAACACGGUAACAUUUGACGACAUCAUCAACGAAGGUUAUUCUUGUGUUCUGAACUCCUCUGUCCUUUGGAUGCCAAGUGUUGUGUUGUUUUCAUUGAGACUGAAUCAACAGCGCCUCUGCUGGCCGAAGCCAAGUAGUGCACUCCAUUUUGACUCAAUGGCUUCAAGACUUUGAGAUCAAAUUGACGAUCAAUUCCACACAACUGACCAAAUCCUCAAUGAUCACUUCGUUGUAUUAUGGCCCUUUCUUCUCAACCUUGUUACUACAUGAUUGCACUUCAUUUUGUGAAUACUUCAAAAACCAAAAGCACUUAAAAAGUUGAUGGGAUAAAGAAGUGCUCGCAACCAAGCUGCCGUUAGGUUCAGCGUCAGCGCCCCCCGCCCCUGCCCCUGUCGCCCUCAACUUGGACAAAUUGUGUGAAUUACACUUGUCUUCACCAGUUAACUGAGGAAGGUCCCAGGCUAAAUUGUGAUAGCUGAUUUUUUUGCACAGCGUUGCACUUUUAUUCCAAUGAUGAGAAGUUAUGUUAUGAAUUGUGGACUAGAAUAGGGCAGCGGGGCAUUUUAUUUCAAACAUUUAAUGAAAUCAAAUAAGCUUUACCCCUUAUUGAGUUGCCCGUGUGGCCUUCAAGCCUGCAUCCCUUAUUUGUAAAAUGACUUUAAUACUAAUGCUUUUUGAAAUCAUUGUCUGCUUUAUUUUUUACAUUAAAUUAUGUGUGAUUGGACAGAGAAUUGUUUCGACCAAAACGUACGUCCCCGGAGGACAUGAUAUUAGGAUGUAAUCCGUCAUGUCCUGUUUUGUGGUUUUUGCUUUUAGACUCCAGUGCCACACGGUGGACGGAGGCCACCAGAGACUGUCCUCAAACUAUUAAAAGUCCCGGUCCACAAGGAGGAAUUAUUAAAAGAAUGUUUUUUUUCUUGCACUCCUCUUGCACCCCUUAAAAUCUUGACAGAGAUGGCGCCCUCUGCUGGUCAAAGCACUUGCAUGACUUCGCACUUAGUUCCCCUCAGUUUGCAUCUCGCUGCACUUCUGACUGCCGCCACUUUUCAUUGGCGCUGUUUUUACUAUCAGAGAAAGCUCAACCCCCAACCCUGCAUCACCAUCGUCCUUCAGUAAGGCUAUACGCUGUACAAAGCUUUUUUAUAUUAUUACUCCAUUGUUAAGGCUGUACAGGGUUGUGACAAUAACUGGUAAAUAGAUCAUUUGUACUUUUUCCUUUUUAUUUUGUAUUUGUUUUCUUUGGUAUUAUUUUUAUGUUCAACUUGCCAGAUUUAAAUGUAACAGGAUUUGAAAGUAAAGCUUACAUCAGAUAUUA